AGUCCUCGGGGCGCACGAUCCUCCACGGGUCGCCCAGCGUCCGCGACCCUCGCAAGGUCAUGAGCAGACUUUCCUUCAACGUCCGAGUCGGGUCGGUCCGGAGACCCCGCUCUCCUCGGCAGGGGCGUCGGCACGUCUCCCGCAGAGUCCCUCCUCGGCCGGGCGCCCUGCACGCGGCAAGUGGACUGGGCGGCGCGCGGCCGCCGGGGGAGGCGGCAGCAGGAGCCGUCGGCACGAGCCCCUCGGGGAUCCCCGGCUUCCCCUCUGCGCCAGCGCCAGCGCCGCGGACGCCCCGGCCCCGGGAGCACUGCGCAGCAGCCCGGCCGGCCCCAGACGUCUUGGGAGCUGUUGACAAUAACAUGGGUGAUGGCUGCUCUCAGAAGCUGGCAACUGCGAAUAUUCUCCGCUUCCUGUUGCUGGUCUUGAUUCCGUGUAUCUGUGCCCUCAUUGUCCUGCUCGUGAUCCUGCUCUCCUUUGUUGGAACAUUAAAAAAAGCCUAUUUUAAAUCAAAUGGGACUGAACCUUUGGUCACCGAUGGUGAAGUCCCAGUGUCUGAUAUUGUUCUUACAAAUACGAUUUGUAACAAGAGCACUGUGACGUCUGCCACGCAUCCCAACCAGCACGUUCCAGCCUGGACCACGGAUGCUUCUCUCCCAGGGAACCAGAAUCACAGGAACACAAGUGCCUGUAUGAACAUCACCCACAGCCAGUGUCAGAUGCUGCCCUACCACACCACGCUAACACCUGUCUUCUCAUUUGUCAAAAACAUGGAAAUGGAGAAGUUCCUCAAGUUCUUCAUGUACCUCCAUCGCCUCAGUUGCUAUCAACAUAUCAUGCUUUUUGGCUGUAGCCUCGCCUUCCCUGAGUGCGUCGGUGAUGGCAAUGACAGUCAUGGACUCCUGCCCUGUAGGUCCUUCUGUGAGGCUGCAAAAGAGGGCUGUGAAUCAGUCCUAGGGAUGGUGAAUGCCUCCUGGCCGGAUUUCCUCACAUGCUCCCAGUUUAGAAUCCAAAACGAAAGCAGCAAUGUCAGCAGGAUUUGCUUCUCACCACAACAGGAAAAAGGAAAGCAAUCGCUGUGCGGAGGGGGCGAGAGCUUUCUGUGCGCCAGCGGGCUCUGCGUGCCCCGGAAGCUGCAGUGCAACGGCCACAACGACUGUAACGACUGGAGCGAUGAGGCGCAUUGCAAUUGCAGUGAAGAUUUGUUUCACUGUCACACGGGCAAGUGCCUUAAUUAUAGCCUUGUGUGUGAUGGAUAUGAUGACUGUGGGGACCUGAGUGAGGAGCAGAACUGUGAUUGUAAUCCCACAAAGGAGCAUCGCUGUGGAGAUGGGCGCUGCAUUGCAAUAGAGUGGGUUUGUGACGGUGACCAUGACUGUGUGGAUAAGUCCGACGAGGUCAAUUGCUCUUGUCACAGCCAGGGUCUGAUGGAGUGCAGGAGCGGACAGUGUAUCCCUAGCUCUUUCCAGUGUGACGGAGACGAGGACUGCAGGGACGGCUCUGACGAGGAGAACUGCGGCGACAGUCAGACUCCGUGUCAAGAAGGCGACCAAAGAUGCCUCUACAAUUCCUGCCUUGAUCCAUGUGGCGGUAGCUCCCUUUGCGACCCGAACAACAGUCUAAAUAACUGUAGUCAAUGUGAACCAAUUACGUUGGAACUCUGCAUGAAUUUGCCCUACAACCAUACAAAUUAUCCAAAUUACCUUGGCCACAGGACUCAAAAAGAAGCCUCCAUCAGCUGGGAGUCCUCUCUUUUCCCUGCACUUGUUCAAACCAACUGUUACAAAUACCUCAUGUUCUUUGCUUGCACCAUCUUGGUACCAAAGUGUGAUGUGAACACAAGCCAGCGUAUUCCACCUUGCAGAGCACUGUGUGAGCACUCCAAAGAACACUGUGAGUCUGUUCUUGGGAUCGUGGGCCUGCAGUGGCCUGAAGACACAGAUUGCAGUCAAUUUCCAGAGGAAAAUUCAGACAACCAAACUUGCCUAAUGCCUGAUGAAGAUGUGGAAGAAUGCUCACCUAGUCACUUCAAGUGUGGCUCUGGACGGUGUGUUCUGGCUUCUAGAAGGUGUGAUGGCCAGGCUGACUGUGACGAUGACAGUGAUGAAGAAAACUGCGAGGAUAAAACUCUUUCUGACGUUUCUUCGUGGAGUUCCAAAAUCACCAGUGGAAAGGCCAGAAAUGCCAAUGGCUGUAAAGAGAGAGAUCUUUGGGAAUGUCCAUCCAAUAAACAAUGUUUGAAGCACACAGUUAUCUGUGAUGGGUUCCCAGACUGCCCUGAUGCCAUGGAUGAGAAAAACUGUUCAUUUUGCCAAGACGAUGAACUCGAAUGUGCGAACCAUGAGUGUGUGUCCCGUGAGCGCUGGUGCGAUGGUGAAGCCGACUGCUUGGACAGUUCUGAUGAGUGGGACUGUGUGACCCUCUCUAAAAAUGUGAGCUCCUCCUCAUUCCUGACGGCUCACAGAUCUGCCAAAGAACACCACGUGUGUGCGGAUGGCUGGCAGGAGACGUUGAGUCAGCUAGCCUGCAAGCAGAUGGGUUUAGGAGAACCAUCUGUGACUAAAUUGGUACAGGGACAGGAGCAAGACCAGGAGUGGCUGACAUUACACUCCAACUGGGAGAGCCUCAAUGGGACCACUUUGCAUGAACUGCUGGUAAAAGGGCAGCCUUGUCAGAGCGGAAGUAAGAUUUCUCUUCUGUGUACUAAACAAGACUGUGGGCGCCGCCCUGCUGCCCGAAUGAACAAGAGGAUCCUUGGGGGUCGAACGAGUCGUCCUGGAAGAUGGCCAUGGCAGUGUUCCCUGCAGAGUGAACCCAGUGGACACAUUUGUGGCUGUGUCCUCAUUGCCAAGAAGUGGGUCCUGACGGUUGCCCACUGCUUUGAGGGGAGAGAGAGCGCUGCCGUCUGGAAAGUGGUCUUUGGCAUCAACAACCUAGACCACCCGUCGACGUUUAUGCAGACGCGCCUGGUGAGGACCAUCAUCCUCCACCCUCGCUACAGUCGAGCUGUGGUCGACUACGACAUCAGCAUAGUGGAGCUAAGCGAAGACAUCAAUGAAACCAUCUACGUGCGGCCGGUCUGCUUACCCGGCACGGAGCAGUCCUUGGAACCGGAUACGUACUGCUACAUCACAGGCUGGGGGCAUAUGGGCAACAAAAUGCCUUUUAAGCUGCAAGAGGGAGAAGUCCGCAUCAUCUCUCUGGAGCAAUGCCAGUCCUACUUUGACAUGAAGACCAUCACCACCCGGAUGAUAUGUGCCGGCUAUGAGUCCGGCACAGUCGACUCGUGCAUGGGUGACAGCGGCGGGCCACUUGUUUGUGAGCGGCCUGGAGGACAGUGGACAUUAUUUGGUUUAACCUCAUGGGGCUCCGUGUGCUUUUCCAAAGUCCUGGGGCCUGGAGUUUAUAGCAAUGUGUCCUACUUCGUCGAGUGGAUUGAAAGACAAAUAUACAUCCAUACCUUCCUCCUAAACUAAUCCCAAAGAUGAUCAGAGACUUUUGCCAACUACUUUCAAAGAAAAUGGCCUUUUUGACUGUGGAGUGCUUCCCACAGACAGCUGAACAGAAGCACUUUCCGUGGACCGGGAUGCUCGGCAGUGCACUGCAAAUUUUCAUGUUUGUUUUGGUCUAAUUUUAUUCAGUUUUUUUUCAACUUUAGUUUUCUCUUGUUUCAAGUUUAAUGAAGUCUUUAAAAAAAAAAAAAACCCAAAAACAAAGAAAAGCAGAUUUUGUUCUCUUGCCAGGCCUAACCUUGACCUUAGCACAAAAUUUAUCAGCCAGGAAUAUGACAGGUGCUAGGGGAACAGGUUAUGGAAAAUUCUCUUUCAGUCACAAAGAGGACCUUGAGAUCCAGGAUGACUAAUCUUUGCCGGUUUUUGUUUCUUGAGCACAGUGGCAAAUUGCAAUAUUAAUGCUGGAGACUUGCUUUUGAUUUAUUAAAAAGCCAGGAUAAUUUGCAAGCUUAAAUGAUUUACUGUUACUCUUCUCAAGUUUGCAUAAUUCUGAGAACCUAUGACGGACAGAUAUAAAAGACAAGUAGCAUCCACUGCGGUAGCUGAAAUGGAAGGACAUUUUGAACACACAGUUCUUCAGACAUCAACAUUAGCACUCCCAUAGAGGACUACACGCUCUGAACUCAAAUCAAGGAUGUUGCUUUAUAGAAAAGUCUCCACAAAAGCUUCUCCAGAGCUGGGGUUUGUUCAUUGUGUAUCGGCUGACUGAGAUUUUAACAACUAGAAGCAUAUUCGUGGAAAACAUUUUGUUUUGCCUGUGUGACAAUGAAUGGAGAUUAAAGCUUGCCAAAGGAGAACUCGCUGUAGACUGGAGAGAUUCAAUUUUGGAAGAGGAAAAUUAAAUUGCACCCGACCUCCAAUCCCAUAUUUUCCAAUUGUCCUGUGUUCACCCAUAACAAUAGAGUCGCAGAACCGCAUCUCAAAGCACGGUGAAAGUUUGCCUGGAGUACCACAUUUUGUCCUUGAAACAUGUUUCAUAUCUGGUGUUGUUGCCAUUUCCUCCUGUUGAUGAUUAAAACAAAAUUUUUUUUACUGCUUUUAAGCACUAGGCCACUUUAUGCACAUCAAUCUCUCCCCACUAAAAAGCUCCAAAAUAUAGAUUUUCACAUGUAAGUAAUUUAGGUAGGCGUUCAUUUUGCAACAUCCAAAUGCCUUUUGAGUAAGUAGGGUUCCCUACUAACCUUCACCAGCAAGCAACCCGGACUGCCUCAGCAGACACUACCUGCUAUUUUGUACAUGUAUUUUUCUACUCUUUUCUAUGUGCCCACAUAUUUCAGUUUCAAAAAGUUGUCUUGACACGUUCCAUGUUAUUCCUCUCCUAUUCUCUAGUUUGUGUGAACCUACUCAGAAUGUGAAAUCCAGCAACGGAAUUGCAGUCACAAUUGUAUGAAAGUUUAAGAACAUUAUGUCCGUUUUGUUAUAGUUGUAGGUACAUAAUGUAAUAACUUUUAGCCUUGCUCAACUUCUGUUCAGUCAAGUGUACCUGUUGUACUUAUUUUAAAUAACCUGCAAUACAAAUAAAGUGGUACAAUCCUU